AUGGACCUGGACCUGGACCUGGAUCUAAACCUGGACCUGGACCGAGCUGUGUGUCCUAUAAGAGUGAUCAGUCACAGGAUUUCCUUAUUACAUUUAAAAGACACCACCAGUCUGCUGCAGAGAGCUCCUCAGUGUUCCGCCUGUGCUGUCCUGUCUUCAGUGUUCAGCCUGUGCUGUCCUGUUGCUGUCUCUUCAGUGUUUGAGCCCUCCUGCUGUGAAGAGUGUUCCGCCUGUGCUGUUGUUGAGUGUUCCACCUGUUCUGUCGUUGUCUUCAGUGUUCCGCCUGUGCUGUUGUUGUCUUCAGCAUGGAAGGAGCUGGCUGACCGUCUGUGGAACAAGAGCUCAGAGGUCUGUCAGCGUCAGGUGAAGUCCACCCUAAAGGAACGGUUCCAGUGUGUGUUUGAGGGAUUAAAUAAAGCAGGAACCCCUCUGAACCAGAUCUACACAGAGCUCUUCAUCACUGAGGGAGAGACUGGAGAGGUCAACGAGGAACACGAGGUCAGACGGAUCGAGACCACAUCCAGGAGACCGCACAGACCAGAGACUACCAUCAGGUGUAGAGACAUCUUUCAGACUGUUUUUUGGGAUGAACGGGAGGUGGGACCGACAAUAUCAAAACCAGCCUCACCAAGAAGAGACCGACCAAUCAGAACAGUGAUGACGAAGGGCGUGGCUGGCAUCGGGAAAACAGUCUUAACCCAGAAGUUCACUCUGGACUGGGCUGAAGGCAGAGCCAACCAGGACAUCCAGUUCACAUUUCCAUUCACUUUCAGAGAGCUGAAUGUGCUGAAAGAGAAAGAGUUCAGCUUGGUGGAGCUCCUUCAUCACUUCUUUACUGAAACCAAAGAAGCAGGACUCUGCAGGUUUGAGGACUUCCAGGUGGUCUUCAUCUUUGACGGUCUGGAUGAGUGUCGACUUCCUCUGGACUUCACCAACAAUGAGAUCCUGACUGAUGUUAGCCAGUCCACCUCAGUGGGUGUGCUGCUGACUAACCUCAUCAGGGGGAACCUGCUUCCAUCUGCUCGCCUCUGGAUAACCACACGACCUGCAGCAGCCAAUCAGAUCCCUCCUAGGUGUGUUGACAUGGUGACGGAGGUCAGAGGGUUCACUGACCCUCAGAAGGAGGAGUACUUCAGGAAGAGGUUCAGAGAUGAGGAUCAGGCCAGCACAAUCAUCUCCCACAUCAAGACCUCCAGAAGCCUCCACAUCAUGUGCCACAUCCCGGUCUUCUGCUGGAUCACUGCUACAGUUCUGGAGGAUCUGCUGAAGACCACCAAGAGAGGAGAGCUGCCCAAGACCCUGACUGAGAUGUACAUCCACUUCCUGGUGGUUCAGACCAAAGUGAAGAGCGUCAAGUACGAUGGAGGAGCUGAGACUGGUCCACUCUGGAGUCCAGAGAGCAGAAAGAUGAUCCGGUCUCUGGGUAAGCUGGCUUUUGAGCAGCUGCAGAAAGGGAACCUGAUCUUCUAUGAACCAGACCUGAUGGACUGUGGCAUCGAUAUCAGAGCAGCCUCAGUGUACUCAGGAGUGUUCACACAGGUCUUCAGAGAGGAGAGAGGACUGUACCAGGACCAGGUCUUCUGCUUCAUCCAUCUGAGUGUUCAGGAGUUUCUGGCUGCUGUUCAUGUCCAUCAGACCUUCACCAACUCUGGAGUCAACCUGAUGGAGGACGACCCGGCACCACUCGCAACGUUGGCUAAGCUCUACCAGAGCGCCGUAGACCGGGCCCUACUGAGUCCUAACGGACACCUGGACCUGUUCCUCCGCUUCCUCUUUGGUCUCUCACUGCAGACCAAUCAGAAUCUCCUACGAGAUCUGCUGACGCCAACAGGAAGUAGUUCACAGUCCAAUCAGGAAACAGUGGAGUACAUCAAAAAGAAGGUUGAAGCGGAGAUCUCCCCAGAGAGGAGCAUCAACCUGUUCCACUGUCUGAAUGAACUGAAGGACCGUUCUCUAGUGGAGCAGAUCCAACAGGCCCUGAGACCAGGACCUCUCUCCACAGAUAGACUGUCUCCUGCUCAGUGGUCAGCUCUGGUCUUCAUCUUACUGUCAUCAGAAGAAGAUCUGAAUGUGUUUGACCUGAAGAAGUACUCUGGUUCAGAGGAGGCUCUCCUGCACCUGCUGCCUGUGGUCAAAGCCUCUAGGACGGCCCGGUUGGGUGGCUGUAACCUCUCAGAGAGGAGCUGUGAAGCUCUGUCCUCAGUCCUCAGCUCACAGACCUCCAGACUGAGAGACCUGGACCUGAGCAACAACGACCUGAAGGAUUCAGGACUGAAGUUUCUGUCUGCUGGGCUGCAGAACCCGGACUGUCAUCUGGAGACUCUGAGGCUCUCAGGCUGUCUGAUCACCCAGGAAGGCUGUUCCUUUCUUGCCUCAGCCCUUAGCGCCAACCCGUCCCACCUGAGAGAGCUGAACCUGACCUACAACCAUCCAGGAGGCUCUGGACUGGACCUGCUAUCUGCUGGACUGAAGGAUCCCCUCUGGAGACUGGACACCCUGAGGAUGGAUCCUGUCGGGGUCUCGUGGCUGAGACCAGGUCUGAGGAAGUACUCCAGCGAGCUCACGAUCGACGCCGCCACGGUGAACAGGCGGCUCCGACUGUCCGACGACCGCAGGACGGCGACCCUGGUGGAGGAGGAUCAGUCGUACCCGGAUCACCCAGACCGGUUCGAGCAGAGUCCUCAGCUGCUGUGUAGAGACGCUCUGACCGGUCGCUGUUACUGGGAGGUGGCGUGCAGAGGACUGGUCUACGUGGCGGUGAGUUACAGGCGAAUCAGCCGGACAGGAAACUGGGAUCACUGCAGCUUUGGGAAGAACGAGCAUUCCUGGAGUCUUCACGUGUCCGAUGACGUGUUCUACGUCUACCACAACAAGGAGAGGCGAACCCUCGCCAUGCCCUUGCCCUCGCCGUCGUCCUCUGUCUCUCACAGAGUAGCGGUCUACGUCGACCAUCCUGCUGGCGCCCUGUCCUUCUACACCGUCUCCUCCGGCUCGCUGAUCCACCUCCACACCGUGAACACGGCGUUCUCUGAACCCCUCUACCCGGGCUUUGGCUUUAGUUCCUGGUCUGACAGGUCUGGUUCCUCUGUGUCUCUGUGUUCUCUGUCAGAGGAACCUUCUCUUAGAGGAACUGUUCCACCGUAGACCAGGACCAGAGUGCCCUGCAGGACCACAUGAACUUCACAUUCACAGACCAGUCAAAGGACUUCAAGAUCCCGACUUUGACGAAGACUUAAAAUGAAGUGGAUUAUACAGAACUGUAUCCACAGAGACCCUUAGACCCCUGAUUAUGACCCCGUCUGUCUGCUUGGCCCCGCCCCUGUGCUAACUAAGAUCUGGUUCCCAGAUUCCUUAUGGUAGUCUUUGUAGUGCACAUCCAGGAAAAGGAAAGUUAGACAUGCUUGAGGUCAUAUAUAGCUUAGACCAGUGAAGGGGGCUCCAGGGAAACCAGGUCAGGAACCAUCCAGCCCAGACUCCACCCUAAAGCAGAUUAUUUUCCCACGCCCCUGGAGCAGAGGGGGGGUUGUGUCAGUCCUCCCUCCCACCUGAUGGCGCCCUCGGUCAGCUGACUCCGUAUCUACGCCUUAGGCCGGCCACACACUGCAGGAUUUUAAAUCUGAUUUUAGCCAAGAUUUUCCUCCCCGACGAUCAUGGGGGCGUGUCCCGACUGGAGCCUCGACGUAAACGAUUGUUUGUCUGAGUAGUCUGCAUGUGUGUGGCGUCAACACGACUCAUUUACUGCUCCAAAUCACGCCGUAGCCUCCCAGACCCUGAGUUUGAUAUUUACGAUUCUAGGUCGUAGUGCCGCUGACGGAGUACCCACAACAACCAAUGAGAGCGAGCAGACGGGGCAGCGCCACCAGGCGGAUCAUACGUACUUUCAUAAACACCUACCUAACGUCAUCCUGAGUCUUCCCCUGUUUUAUGACCGUCACUGCAGCUGUAACCACGCCAGGACAGCCUGGUAAACCGGGGUCCCAGACAUCCGUGUUUAUUUGCUGAGGUUGUGACGGCGUCACCAGAGACAUAAAUGAACAUGAGUCUGAACGUGACGGGAGUGUUUGAUGGAGAACAUGUUCCCUGUAUACCUGAGUGUGUGAGGGUGCUGCUGUCAGUCUGAUGGUUAAAAUCAUAGGGAAAUAAAGAUGAGGAUGUGGCGUGGGCAGGGGCGGAGCUACAGGAUAAAAACUGGAAUUUCCAAAAAAAAUCAUUUUUUUAGUUCCACAUGAAAGGCAACAUAAAGCAGGAGACAUUCCCUUUGUCCUUCCUUUACGUUUCUAUUUUUACUGUAUUAUAUUUUAAUCUGCAGCCAUCCAUGAUCAAUAAAUGCUCAUCUAUCAGCAGCUGAUCAGUCAGAGGAGGGAGCGCCGUCCCUCCGUUCAUUCAUGAGAGUGAGAAGUCUCACGCCAAACAUUAAUAUGAUUGUUUUACUGAUUGUUUCUGCAGAUGAUGCUGUACCUGCUGCCUGUUUCACACACCAGUAACAGUCCACCUUACAGAUCAGCUGCUGUAGCCUAGCCAGUGAAUUAGGCCAGAGAGUAGACGAAAUCAGGCAGACGUAUGUAGUGAGGAUCCAUCCAGAACAACUAAAGAUGAAACCACAAUCUAAGGCUGUUGAUAUCACACCCUCUAUGGAGGAAGGAUAAUGAUACAAGGGGGAGAGAUCCUGUCUCCUUCCUAAACCUACACCUUCAGAGAUCCUUCAGGAAUGUCCCUGAAAGGGGGGGGGGUUCUCUUUCCCUCAUGGCUGACAACUUAUCAAGGAACCACGUUCAAAAAACAAGAGUUUCUCAGGCAGUAGGACUCUUAAACUGCCAUUUUGAUGAAAGACAGCUCCCAACAGAGAUGAACACCUUAAAAUCUGAAUCUUUUGAUUGGUCGACCAAAUGGUGAACCUCCUCAGACUAAAUCCUGUCUUCCUGAAAGCUGUAAGAAACUUUGCACUACGCCUCCUAAAUCUAAGGACUCUGUCUUCCUACAGAGCCGUGGCAGAAAGCAGGCGCAUGUCGUAAAUUCCCGGUGUUAUCUCGACCACAUGAAGCUGCAAGGAUUGGAAGUAUCAAAAAACUGUCUUAAAUGUUAUGUUUCUAACAGGACAUGUUCAUAUUUGGUUGAGUCUGUUUACAAGGAACAGAAUGACGUGUCAUACUAAUCUCUGACAUCUUCCCUUACUGAGUUAUGGUUUUAUGAUCUAAUUUAGUGUAUUUCUCCAAGUUGACGAACAGAGACUGAAAAUCGUCCCUGGAUCAACAUUGCCACCUUGUGGUCAAGUUUCGUCACACCCAAAUGCAGAAACAUUUUCUAAUGUAUAAUUGUGCGUCUAAACAAUGAACUGUGUUUCUAAUGUUUGUGUGAUAGUUUAUUGAUAGUCUUGUAGAGUUUUAUAACCAUGUUGUGUUAUCUCUACAUUAUCCCAUUAACUUGAUGAUCUGGUGGAGUGGAUUUAAUCAAACACUGGGAGGGCUUCAAAACCCAAACCCCUCCCUCUGUAUAAGAGUAACUUCAGAACUCACAAGAGUUCAGAGUGAGUUGGGUUCAGAUCAGAGAGCGGUCAGGUCUGGACAGUCCAAGAAGAUGCUCACUGAGGAGAGCUCUGCUGAGUCUCCUUGGGCCUCCUAGGCCCAUUCUUGAUCCAAGCGUUGUGCCAAGUCUGAUAAACAAUCAGACUUAGAAUUUUCCUUAUCCAGUACCAGAUUUUUCCUAACCUUUUUAUAGCUUCGUGCUAGAUUUUUGUAACGCAGAGUUUUUGUUUUUCCUUUUUAUCACACAGUCGACUUCACUGUGAGCCAGCAGUCACGUGGUGUCGAUGCGUUUGAGUUUAUCUGAUUUUUAAUCGGACGAUCAAGAGCUGUUUUUGAACGAGAGCCAAUCCUUCCCAGAGUCCGUGGACUAGAGUCUGUACAGCCGUCCCUACAGUCUGAGCGACCCAUCGGCGCCGCAGCGGCCCAGCUUGAACCCAUCCGGGUCGGACCAGAGUUGGCACGCGGUAGCUUCGGGCGUUCAGAACUUGCCAGGCGCCUUCCUCCGGGCCCCUCCAGACGGGUCCUCUCCUCCUCGCCUCCAUCGAACGGCUGGUAUGAUCCAAUUCAUCUCUCUGGUGCUGAUGUCUCCAAAGCUCCAAUAAAUUAGUUCAGAUCUAUUUUUCUUCCAAAUUCACGCUCCAAAUUUUACACCGUUGCUCAAAUGUUUCCGUUAGGAUUAUUAGAAUAAUCCACUCUCACCAACUAAGCUAGCAUCCUUUCUCUUUACCAUAUUUAGUCAUGUUCUGUUUAUUCAUUUACAUUAUCUAUUCAUAUAACCUGUGAUUUAUGUCUGUUAGUUUGAGAUUUUAUAAUAAAUCUUCAAAAGACAGUCGUAGUUCAGGAAUUCAUUCUAUUAA